UGACGUCCAUCAGCGUGCGCCGCGGGGGCGGGCGAGGGUGGACUCUGCACCGCCUCUUGCAUUGCGGGAGAUUAUCCGCUUGACUUCUUGGCUUCGCCUUCCUUCCUUGUUCUCCGUAGUGGCUGCGGAGGGAGUCCUCUGCUGUGGACGAGCGACAUCUCCUUAGACUGAGACGAGAUAACCCUUGCUCGACGUCGUCGACGACGUACAACCGCGUACCGAUCGACUUCGACUUCGCAACUGCUUGCCAUUCGCUCAUCUCCGCCAUCUCUGAGACCCCGUCUGUGACUUGAAGACAGCUCCGGGAACACCCACACUCUCGUCAACUGCUAGCGACGCGCGACCCCGUGAAUCGGAAACGACCACGCCUCCGUCGGGAACAUCCUACCUGCCUCGAUCGCCCACCACUGCUGUACUUCCUCCCGAUCCCUCCUGCUCCCCUCUCUUCACUACUCACUAGCUCCCCACUAUGUCCGCCCCACCUAACUUUGCCCCUACGACCGACGAGCUUGCCCUCGCCGACCGCAUCCUCGCCGUCGCCAACGACGCACAGAACUCCGCAGACCCCACCACCCUGUCCUACUCCCCAACCCUCUCCGGGGACACCGCCGUUGCCAUGUUCUCGAGAGCCGAGGGUAUCCCUCCCGAAGUCCUAUUCCGCAUCUGGGAGAUCGUGGACGAGGGUGGGCAUGGGAGGCUGUCGCGCAACGGAGUAGCGGCUGCGGUGCGAUUGCUGGGGUGGGCGCAGGCGCUGGUAGAGGUGGCGAAGGAGACGUUGGCGCAGGCUGGUCCCCUCCCUCGUUUCGCCAUACCUGAGCUCACUCCUGCAAUGAGCGAUCUGCCCCCCUUUACUCCCCAGAAGCGGAGCAAGUACCUGCAUAUCUUCAGGAUUGCGGGUGCGACGGAUGGAAUUCUGGAUGGCAACAAAGCCCAGGAAUUUCUGAACAAGUCGAACUUGCCGGUCGCGAGGCUUUCGCAGAUCUGGGCCCUCGCCGACCUCCAGCGCCGCGGCUUCCUCGACGGCGCCGACUUCGCCGUCGCGAUGUACCUCACGCAAAACCUCAUGUCGAAGAAGAUGGAGGUUCUGCCGUCUGCGCUGCCUGAUGAGAUCUAUGCGUUUGCGAGGGAAGGGUUGCGGAUGCAAAGCCUACAGACUCAAGAUCUUCCGCCUAUACCGGCAAACGAGCAGCCAGCUUCGCUCACAUCACCGAUCUCACCGACAGCUGGUGCUCGUUCGCCUACCUCACCAACCUCUCCAAGAUCGCCGAGGGAGAGGGUCCCAAUGCCGAUCCCGGAGCUCUCUUUGCCACCAACGUCGCCGGCCACGGAAGUUGCGAAUACGCCUAUGCUCUCUCCCAGGUCGCCCUUCAGCUCGUCCCCUGUUGCUUCGCCUUCACGGCUCUCACGCGCAGGUUCGCCGUCGAGGCUGUCGCCUGCAGAUUUACCCUUGCCCACGUCACCAUCUGCGCCUGCGAUGCAAGUAUCUGCGCCUACAGCUCAACUGUCUGUGCCGGACAGCGGGCCCCGCCGACGCGCCAACUCCGCGGCUAGCUCAUCGACAUCGGCGACAGCGGGUCACAACAUUGGUCAGAUAGAGGGCCCGUCAAACACCUCUGCCCGAAAUGCGCGCACGAUGCCUGUGCGGAGGAACAAGCUCCGGAGCAAGUCAAUGUAUAUGCCGAACGGACCCGCUGCUGCGUUUGGUUCGCAAAAUGUAGAACCUGCACCAUCUAAUGGCAGGCUCGCGCCACAGAACGGAGGGCUCGCGCCCCCUAACGAGGUCGACGAACCUCGCAAGCCCGCUCGUCAGCCGCUCAUGCAUAUGACGAGUGUGCCCGCCGAUCUCAUGCAUACGUCGCGCGAGCUGAUGCAGAGGCCGAUGGAGUUGUACAAUUCCUCGCGCGAGCUGUACCAGAGCUCACGCGAUAUGCUGGUGCCGGGGAAGACGAAGAAGCGGCGGGAGGACCUGGAGAGGCGCUUGGAGGAGGCCGAGAGACGGACCGCAGAGGCUGAAGCUGAGCGCCGGAUGCUUCAGCUGCUAAUGGAGUCGAUGCGCACGGACCUGGAUCGUUUCAGAGGCGCAUCGGAGGAAUUAGGCAUCCACAAGACCAUCAUCGCGGACCUGACGAACGAGAACGAAAGGCUGAAGGGGCAGCUGCGGGACGCGCGCGCAGGAACAUCGCCCUCUUCGCCAAACGGCACCUUCACGACCCUGGAGCAAGAAAACGCUGCCCUCCGUAGGACGGUCGCCGACCAAGAGGAGACCCUCCGCGCCUUCCAGGCUGCCGACUCCGCGGACACCUCGAUUGCGCAGGUACAGGCCGCGCUCGCCCGCGAGAACGAGGCGCUCCGCCACUCGCGCGACGAGCGCGUCGCGCGGCUGCAGGAGGAGCUCGCCGCGCUGCGCUCGGAGCGCGACGCGGACAGGCGGCUCGUGCAGGGGACUUUGGAUGAGGGCGAGCGGUUGAGGGCCGAGAGCGAGAGGGUGCAGGCGGAGAGCGCAAGGGUGCAGGCGGAGGGGGCGCGGGUGCAGGAGGAGCUGGCGGCGCUGAGGGCGAGGGCGGAGGCGGCGGAGCGGGAGGCGGGGGAGGUAAGGGCAAGGCUGGAUGCAGUGCAGAGGGAGAAUGAGAGGCUGGCGGGUGGGGCGCAUGUGGCAGGCGGGCUUGAGCAUGAUGAGGUGGAUGCGCCGCCGCCAGCGUAUACAUUGGUGGCGGAGGAGGCGGUGGCGUGAAGGACAGUGCGUAAAUUAUUUGGACACGAACUUCAGUGCUAUUGAUGCUUCGAGCUCUAUUCUUCUCGAUUCAUGUACAAUUAUAUACCAAGUGGACCUUGUACAGUAGUGAUGGAUAAGCCGUAUCACCAGAAACG